AUGGAAAAUCAAUUAAAUCAAAGGAUCGAAGAUCGACUGAAAAAUUACCAAAAAAGUCUAAACCCUGACGAUCUUAAAAGAAAACACCAAGAAGGUCUUGCAGAGUUAAGAAAAAAGAAAAGAAUUGAGCACAUCAAUAAAAAGCGCGCAUUUGGAAGAGAUCCUGUAUUUGAUACCCCACAAACUGAAGAAAGUCACAUUGUUUUCCCAUACGAGUAUAUAUCCCAAGAACUAGCAAAUUUUGACAGAAGAUUGGUAGAUUUAGAACUUACCCCAUCUACGAGAAUAUCCUGCUUAAUUUCAAAUUUAAAUACUUGUGAAGACCAAGGAAUCCUGCUUCAUAUAAUACAAACUUUUAGAAAACUUCUUAAUGGCAAAGAUUCACCACCUGCUAGCUUGAUUUCUGAAUUAAACCCAGUCGUAAAACUCCUGAGAAUGCUGACGACAAAAAAUGUCCCUAUUCAAAGUGAAGUUUCCUGAUGUCUAAUUAAUUUGACGUCAGGGAAAAGUGAUAUCUCAGCAUUAUUUGCAGCAGAAGACACUAUUAGUAUUCUUGUGCAGAUGCUUCGAACAAAAUCGCCCACAGAAAUUCUUGUUUAUUGUGCAUGGACAAUAGGAAAUUUGGCUGGAGACUCAAUAGGCAGCCGAGACAAGGCGAUUGAAUCAAAAGCAGCAAAUCAAAUAAUUGAAAUUAUUUUAAAAAAUCCGAGAAUGGAUUAUAAAGAUAUUGCAAUACUUGUUUGGGUUUUAAGCAAUUUAUGUAAAGGAUACCCAAGUCCUCCAUUAUCAUUAGUUAAAGAAGUCUUAAAAAUUGUGCCGGCUAUGAUUGAUCAAAUUUAUGAAGAUAUUUUAAUUGAUAUAUGCUGAAUAAUUUCUUAUGUUUCAGAAAUUAGCCCAGAAUGCGUAAAUUUGCUUAAUAUUCACCUUGAUAGGCAAGCAAGUUUUUUUUUGCUCGAGAAUAAUAUUUUUAAAACAUUAUUUUCAGAUUUUAAAUAUUGUACGAAUUUAAUUCAUUUUAAUUUAAGCCAUCUAAAUUUAAUAGAAUUUGUUUAAAAUUAAUUAAUAUAAUCAUUAAUUCUAAUUAAAGGAUAAUCCCGAAAAUAGUAAUUCUUUUAAUGAUUUUGCUCACUAGUAAAUAGAGGGAGUUAUAGAGUUGAAUAUAAUUCAGAAACUUAUUGAUUUAACGACUCAUCAUAAUAUAAAAAUCCAAGUCCCAGCCCUUCGUUCAAUAGGAAAUAUUUUAUCGGGAACUGAUGAACAAGCCCAAAUGGUGCUAAAUUCAGGAAUCUUAGAAAAAUAUCAAAUUUUAUUAUCGACUGGGAAAAGGCAAAUAAAAAAAGAAGCUCUAUGGGGCAUCAGCAAUAUCACAGCAGGCUCUGAUUCACAAGCUGUUGAGGUUUUGGGUCACCCUUGUGUAUAUCUAGUUAUUUCAGAGUUAAAUGACAAUGAUUUUGAUUUAAAAAAAGAAGCGGCGUAUGCUAUAGGCAAUACAACUCGCUCAAAAAAUGUAAAUGUAGUAAGAAGAUUAUUUGAUUUAAAUGUUUUACCUCAAUUAAUCAAUAUUUUGACCCAUCAAGAUCCUGAUAUUCUUAUAGUUACUUUAGAAGCCAUCAAUAACAUCCUUAGAGCAGGCCGGGGUUUCGGAUAUAAUGAUAUAGCAAAAAAUUUCCAAGACCUUGAAGGGCUUGAAGCUCUAGAAAAACUCCAGUCACAUCCAAAUCAAAGAAUCUAUGACAAAGCAGUCCAAAUUUUAAAGGAGCAUUACGAAGUAGAGGAAAUCAAUGAUUUAGGCCAUCAAAAUCAGUAUCCUUCAGAUUUUAUAUUUAGUUAA